AUGGCUUUGAACCACCAGAUUCGGGAGGGAGACAAUCCGCUAAUUACCGAAGAACGUGAAAAGGCAACUUUUAGCACGGAAGCACUGGCCGAUGAGCUAUAUGGACCCACAUUCGCCAAACGACGCCGCGAGCUGUCAGCGGCAGUCCUGAAAAUGCCCGAGCUCCUUGACCCCUACCCGCACGUGUUCAUGGACAGGCCGACGAAGGUGGCCAAUUCGAUGCGGAAGACGGUAGCAGUGAUGGAGGGAGCCUCGGAAAUUGCUGAUAUCACGAAUCGCGAUGAGAUGGGACACCUUGUUUGCGAAGCCUUUGGUGAUGACGGUUUCCCGCUCUCCAUCCACUUUGUAAUGUUUCUGCCAGCCAUCCAGGGUCAGGCCGAUGAUGAACAGGCUGAGGAAUGGGUCCAUAAGGCAAUUCAACUCCAAUUCAUUGGCACCUACGCGCAAACGGAACUUGGCCAUGGAACGAAUUUGAGGGCCCUUGAAACUACAGCGACCUACGACAAGAAUACUCAGGAAUUCGUUUUGAAUACGCCGACUGUCUCAGCGUACAAAUGGUGGCCCGGAAACCUUGGCAAAACGGCAAACGUUGUCGUCGCCAACGCUCAGCUCUACAUUGACGGCAAGAACUAUGGACCACACAACUUUUUCGUCCGGAUUCGCGACGAGGAGACGCAUCAGCCAAUGCCAGGCAUCACCGUCGGGGACAUUGGCCCCAAAUUCGGCCUCAACACUAAUGACAACGGGUUCCUGAAAUUUGACCAUGUCAGAAUCCCGCGUCGUAGUAUGUUGAUGAGACACUCAAAGGUAUCCCCUGAAGGCACCUAUUCCCCACCAGUCCAUCCGAAACUCUCCUAUGGCGCCAUGAUUUUCGUCAGGGCAACAAUGAUUCGAAUGCUGGCACACAGUCUCCUGAAAGCUUCGACAAUUGCGAUUCGAUAUUCGUGUAUCAGGAAGCAAGGCGAGAUCACCCGAGGGGCCGGUGAAGUCAAAAUCCUGGACUAUCAAACGCAGCAGCAUCGACUUUUCACCGCCAUGGCCAGGGGCUUUGCCUAUUGGCUUGUCGGGCAGGAGAUCAAGCAGAUCUACGAGAGGAUCGCUGAGGAUGUGAAACAGGGAAAUGUCGAUCAACUCGCUGACCUACACGCUCUCCUCUCCGGCAUGAAGUCCGUUGUCUCGUUCGAUGCCGGAAAAGGCAUCGAACAGUGCCGGAUGGCUUGUGGUGGCCAUGGAUACUCACACGCUAGUGGAUUGCCGGAAAUCUACGCCGUGGAAGUAGCCGGGUGCACGUACGAAGGCGAAAACAUGGUAAUGCUGCAGCAACAGGCUAGAUACCUUGUAAAAGGCGUGCAAAAGCUAGCUAAAGGCGAGGAAUUGACCAGCAUGUUGAAAUAUCUUGGAAAUAACAGCAACCGGAGAUUCCGAUUUGCCGAGGCCGGGUCGAAGAUUGAAGACACUCUCAUCCAAGCCAUGGAAUACAUCGCCAGGACCACGAUCCAGCGCGUGAGCGCUCGUCUCGAUUCCCUCAAAGAAUCCGGACUCUCGGACGAAGAUGCUUGGAAUGAGAAUGCUGUCGAGUUGACUAGGGCGUCCCGGACCCAUACCAGGCUUUGGAUUGCAGUUUGCUUCAAAGACCGUGUCAAUCGGAUUCAGGACCCGAAAAUCAGGGCGGCACUUCAAGACAUUUUGCAUUUGCAUUUGUGCUAUGAGGUCAUCGACAUGAGCCAGUACCUUUUGGAGGGAGGCUACGCCACCGGAGCCCAGAUUGCUCAAGUGAAGGAUGUCCUCUACAAACUGCUGGCUAAAAUCCGACCCAACGCCGUUUCUUAUGUUGACGCUUACGAGGUCUCCGACACGGAACUUCGUAGUGUGCUAGGACGUCGUGAUGGAAAUGUGUAUGACAACCUGCUCAAAUGGGCCCAGAGCAAUCCGUUAAACAAUGUUGAGGUCCUUCCCGCCGUCGAGAAGCACCUGAUGCCGAUGAUGAAGAGCGCCAAGAGCAAAUUG